CAGUGCAGGAGCGGUCCUCCCAGCGCCCAGCCUCUGCCCAGGCUCCCGCUUCUUCUUUGCCGCUGGGCCUCGGCCCAGGAGCCACGACGGGCGACACGGAGCCGCCAGUGCUGGAGGGGGAGCCGUGGGUGCGGGGCAGCGUGGGGGCAGAAGCCCCGGGACGCCCGCCCGGCCCCAGGCCCCGCUCCGCCCGAGCGCCCCCACGGGUGCCCCCCCCUUCCUGGUCCGAGCAGUGUGAGUGUGCCCGGGAGCCCGGCGGCGGCGGCGGCGGCGGCGGCGGCGGCGUGGAAACCGGCGUGGGCUGGGGGGUCCGGGCGGCGGGGGGCAGUGCCAUGCACAAGCACCAGCACUGCUGUAAGUGCCCCGAGUGCUAUGAGGUGACCCGCCUGGCUGCCCUGCGGCGCCUCGAGCCUCCUGGCUAUGGGGACUGGCAGGUGCCUGACCCCUAUGGGCCAGGUGGGGGCAAUGGAGCCAGCGCGGGCUAUGGGGGCUACAGCUCGCAGACCCUGCCCUCACAGGCGGGGGCUACCCCCACCCCCCGUACCAAGGCCAAGCUCAUCCCCACCGGCCGGGAUGUGGGGCCAGUGCCCCCUAAGCCAGUCCCGGGCAAGAGCACCCCCAAACUCAACGGCAGUGGCCCCAGCUGGUGGCCCGAGUGCACCUGUACCAACCGGGACUGGUACGAGCAGGUGAACGGCAGCGAUGGCAUGUUCAAGUAUGAGGAAAUAGUACUUGAGCGGGGCAAUUCCGGCCUGGGCUUCAGCAUUGCAGGUGGCAUCGACAACCCCCAUGUCCCCGAUGACCCUGGCAUCUUUAUUACCAAGAUCAUCCCUGGUGGAGCAGCUGCCAUGGACGGGAGGCUGGGGGUGAAUGACUGUGUGCUGAGGGUGAAUGAGGUGGACGUGUCGGAGGUGGUGCACAGCCGGGCCGUGGAGGCGCUGAAGGAGGCGGGCCCUGUGGUGCGGUUGGUGGUGCGGAGGAGACAGCCCCCGCCCGAGACCAUCAUGGAGGUCAACCUGCUCAAAGGGCCCAAAGGCCUGGGUUUCAGCAUUGCCGGGGGGAUUGGCAACCAGCACAUCCCAGGAGACAACAGCAUCUAUAUCACCAAGAUCAUUGAGGGGGGUGCUGCUCAGAAGGACGGACGCCUGCAGAUCGGGGACCGGCUGCUGGCGGUGAACAACACCAAUCUGCAGGAUGUGAGGCACGAGGAAGCUGUGGCUUCACUGAAGAACACAUCUGACAUGGUCUAUCUGAAGGUGGCCAAGCCAGGCAGCCUCCACCUCAACGACAUGUAUGCACCCCCUGACUACGCCAGCACUUUUACUGCCUUGGCUGACAACCACAUAAGCCAUAAUUCCAGCCUGGGUUAUCUUGGGGCUGUGGAGAGCAAGGUCAGCUACCCUGCUCCUCCUCAGGUUCCCCCUGCCCGCUACUCUCCUAUCCCAAGGCACAUGCUGGCUGAGGAGGACUUCACCAGAGAGCCCCGCAAGAUCAUCCUGCACAAGGGCUCCACAGGCCUGGGCUUCAACAUCGUAGGAGGAGAGGAUGGAGAAGGCAUUUUUGUCUCCUUCAUCCUGGCAGGAGGCCCAGCUGACCUGAGUGGGGAGCUGCGCAGGGGAGACAGGAUCUUAUCGGUGAAUGGCGUGAACCUGAGGAAUGCAACCCACGAGCAGGCUGCAGCUGCUCUAAAACGGGCUGGUCAGUCAGUCACCAUUGUGGCCCAGUACAGACCUGAAGAGUACAGUCGCUUUGAAUCGAAGAUACACGACUUGCGAGAACAAAUGAUGAACAGCAGCAUGAGCUCUGGGUCUGGGUCCCUCCGAACAAGUGAGAAGAGGUCUUUGUAUGUCAGGGCCCUAUUUGAUUAUGAUCGAACUCGGGACAGCUGCCUGCCAAGCCAGGGGCUCAGCUUCUCCUAUGGCGACAUUCUGCACGUCAUUAAUGCGUCUGAUGAUGAGUGGUGGCAGGCGAGACUGGUGACCCCCCAUGGAGAAAGCGAGCAAAUUGGUGUGAUCCCCAGUAAGAAGAGGGUGGAAAAGAAAGAAAGAGCUCGAUUGAAAACUGUGAAGUUCCAUGCCAGGACGGGGAUGAUUGAGUCUAACAGGGACUUCCCUGGGUUAAGUGACGAUUAUUAUGGAGCAAAGAACCUGAAAGGACAAGAGGAUGCAAUUUUGUCAUAUGAGCCAGUGACACGGCAAGAAAUUCACUAUGCAAGGCCUGUGAUCAUCCUGGGCCCAAUGAAGGACAGAGUCAACGAUGACCUGAUCUCGGAGUUCCCGCAUAAAUUUGGAUCCUGUGUGCCACAUACCACUCGGCCUCGGCGUGAUAAUGAGGUGGAUGGACAAGACUACCACUUCGUGGUCUCCCGAGAACAGAUGGAGAAGGAUAUUCAGGACAACAAGUUCAUCGAAGCAGGCCAAUUUAAUGAUAAUCUCUAUGGGACCAGCAUCCAGUCGGUGCGGGCAGUUGCAGAGAGGGGCAAGCACUGCAUCUUAGAUGUUUCCGGCAAUGCUAUCAAGAGGCUGCAGCAAGCACAACUUUACCCCAUUGCCAUUUUCAUCAAGCCCAAGUCCAUUGAAGCACUUAUGGAAAUGAACCGACGGCAGACAUAUGAACAAGCAAAUAAGAUCUAUGACAAAGCCAUGAAACUGGAGCAGGAGUUUGGAGAAUACUUCACAGCCAUUGUACAGGGUGACUCACUGGAAGAGAUUUACAACAAGAUCAAACAAAUCAUCGAGGACCAGUCUGGGCACUACAUUUGGGUCCCAUCCCCUGAAAAACUCUGAAGAAUCCCCACCAAGCACUCUCUUGUGAACAGAAGACAUCAAGUCCCUCUUCCCUCCUCCCUCUUCAGUCCUGUCCCCACCAGGAGAACAAAUGACUACUGUUCUUGUCCCCUUUUUUAGAUAUGUCCCAAAAAUUGAGUUUUCUAGUCCUGUUCUGUUUUUUUAAAUUUUCAUCUUGUUUUAGUUUAUUUUUUGGGAUGAUGCCAUCUCACUCAUCACGUGACUGUGCCCAUUCCUGCAUGGACCUUUCCCAAGCGCUAGCACAGGUGCAAAUCCAUCAGAGUCAUUGUUUUCAUAAAAACCAAGCAGAAGCGAAGAGACGAGAGGAGGACUGCCGGAAAGCCAGGCUCUGGACAGCUGCACGGCUUGUGAAGCGAGCUCGGUGCGCCGCGUGCCGAGAUGCCCCCGGGCAUUUCUGCUUCUCACGCUGCCGUCACGCAGCGCUGAACGGUGCAACGUAUGGCGACAGAAAGUAUCUUAUUUAUAUAUAGAUAUAUAUAUGUAAUUUAUAUAAAAUAUAUAGAAAUUAUUAUAUAUAUAUAUUAUACACUCUCAUAUAAUAUAUAUAUAUUCACACACAUUUGGACUAGAAAAUCUAUGGAGACUUCAUCAAUGGUACUGUGUUAUUAGAGAAAUGCUUUAAUUUUCAUAUUCCAAUCAGAUGGCAUCUUAUAUCCCAGCUGGUUGGGGAGGGAUCGAAAGUGGUAGUAAGUGCUGUACCAAGGGCACUUGCGUUUGGUCAUUCUCUUGAAAGCUGAGGUUGUCUCUAGGUCGGGGUCAGCGAGCGGGCUUUUUCUCUGGGGGCGAGAGGGUUGGGGACGGGACCCCGAAGCAGCUGCCGCCCGGGAGGCACAGUCAGUCCCGGGUGCAGAAAGCGAGAGGAUGGCUAACAGUGCUCCAGAUUAAAUUGCCUAUUGUUUUCUGCCACCCGAUGUGUCUGCAUGAGAGGUUUCCUUUUUGUUCAUUUUUAAGCUGCUGUUAAACCAAAACCAUGUUGUGCUACCGUGUCAGCCUUUUCAUUAUUCCAAAUUUUACUUUUACUAUUUAAGUGAAUGCGUAGAAUCCAAUUUGACAAGUGUUUUAAAGGCUCAUGACGUUGUGGAGGAGCCGGGCCUUGUGAUAGAGUAGGUGCGCCCGGCAUGGCCGUCCAGUCAGCGGAGGGGACGCGGGGGCUGCCGGGAGCCGAGAGCGGGAGCUGGGGCUCUGCGCCGCAGUGGGUCCCUUUGCUCCCUGGGCCGGGGCCAUGCCCGACCCCCCCAGAGGCCCCUCCGUGGGGCGCAGCACCGGGGAUAGGGAGUCACUUGCCUUCCGGCUCUGUGCUGGGACGGUGGCACCGCCCUGGGCCUGGCCAGCCGUGUGAUGAGAAGUUGGCUUUGGGUUUUUUUCCGCAGCUGCUCCAUACGCCCUACCCCAGCGCCCGCACCAACAGCUGGUAGCUUACUGUUGCUUCAGGAAGAGCGUGGACUCUAAGGCCGUCCGCGUGACCCGUGGAGCUAAGAUUCCCUUGCUGGUGAGACCUGAAACCGUGCUGGUUUUUCCCAGAGUCAGAAGGCAGUGACUGCGGUCGGGGGAGUCUCUUCUCUGACCACAAGUGCAGGUGGCAGGUGUGGCUCGGGCCCCGCCCUGCCCCCACCGGGCUCUUUUUGAAGCCACCGUGCCUCCCUCGGCCCACGACGGGCAUGUUACAGGGGAGAAGAGCAUGGACACGCCUGGCCCUGGGCUUGAGUCCGCGGUUUCCCAGCCCGUGGCGAUGGGACCGGUGGCACACGAUGCCAUGUCGAAGGCGCUUUGAGUGCUACCAGCCAAGUUUAGGAAAUCUGUUAACAGCUCUCCUACCAGCAUAAUGAGGCUAUAACUGCACAGUGUGGGGCAUAGAAUGAGGGGAAAGAAAGGGCAGCAGCUUUACCUGGGCAGUACACUGGAUUGAAGGCAAAGAGGGAUGACGUGAUGGCCGAUGGUGACUCUGGUGAGGAGGGGGGUGAGCGGGGAGUGUUGAUUUCCCUGAUGUUAAGUCAUGUACUCUGAGUGAUGCUCAACCCUCUGCCCCUCCCAGGGAAGGAAAUCAAGAUUCAAAGUAAGCAUGACACUAGUUGGUUUACCAGUGUUCCUUCCAAGGAGACAUAUAUUUUUUAAUAAACGAUAGUUGCAAUGAA